UCCCUUAUCCAGAUCAACCCGAGCCAAACCCAAACGCCAUCUCCACCGUCGCCUCGCCUCGCCUCCACCUCCACCUCCACUACCACCACCGUCUCCGGCGAUGGAGGCCGCCGACCCCAGGUGAUUCGGCGGCCGGUCUCCUCCCCGCCACCGCCGCCGCCGCCGCCAAUGGCGUGCCUCGCGCCGCACUUCAAGUGGGCGCCCUGCCCCCACGCGCACCACCACCACUCUACUUCUUCUUUACCGUCGUCGUCGUCUUCGUCCACCUCGGCCCCUUCCUCGUCGUCGAGGUGCUCCUUCUCCCGCGGGGGCCCCUUCCGCGUCCACUGCGCGGUCACCGCCACCACCUCCGCCGCGGCGCCCGUCGUCGUAGAAGCUCCCGGCGGGGGGAUGCGGCUCGCGUACGCCGCCGCCCCGGACUCCUCCGCGCCGGCUCUCCAGAAAAAAAUUCAAUCGGCCCUGGCAUCAGAAGUAUUUCUAAAUGAAGAGGCUGUUGUAACAGCUGCUGCAGCAGAGGCAGUUGCCCUUGCUAGAGCAGCUGCUGAAGCUGCACAGGAAGUUGUUCGUAUGGUACAAAAUAAUAAAAAUGAACGUAACACCAGACCAAAAAAAGCUGUGGUCAACUACUUGGCAAAUGAAAUACUUCGCACGGAAAUGAAACCAAACAUUCUUGAUAAAUAUAGUGAUGGCAUUUUGUCAGAGGAGAUAGAGUCUUAUGGCAUCUUGAGUGAUGAAGCUGAACUAGACGGUGAUACACAGGACAUCCCUAGUAUAGCUGUGAAGUCUGCUCGUCAAACUGAGAGAAGAGCUCGGAGAACGAGGGCAGCAAUAAAGGCUGCUACCAUAGUCCGUACUUCCCCAAAACCUGCAACGUCCUCAAAGAAGAAGCGGUCAAAGGGCGCCUCUUCUGGCACAAAUCCAUUAGGUUCCUUGUGGAAGAUGACGGGUCGCAGACUUCUUACAGCAAAGGAAGAGGUUGAGUUCUCGGAAGGUAUUCAGGACCUCUUAAAGCUAGAAGCAAUCCAAGCUGAGCUUGCAGAGUACAAUGGUGGCCAGCCAACCUUCGCUCAGUGGGCUACAGCAGCUGGAGUUGAUGAGAGAACUUUGCGGAAGCGUUUAGAUCAUGGUAUUUAUUGCAAGAAUAGAAUGGUUACAUCCAAUGUGCGACUUGUAAUAUCUAUUGCCAGAGAGUUUGAAGGUCCAGGAAUGGAACUUUAUGAUCUUAUCCAGGAAGGGAUGCAGGGCCUUAUAAGGGGUGCUGAAAAAUUUGAUGCAUCAAAGGGUUUUAGGUUCUCGACAUAUUCUCACUGGUGGAUCAAACAAGCAAUGCGUAAAUCUGUCUCAGAGCAAUCACAGAUAUUUCGCUUGCCGGCUCACAUGGUUGAAGCAAGCUAUCGUGUGAAGGAGUGCAUUAAACGUCUUCGUCGAAAGCUUAAAAGACGACCCACUAACGAAGAAAUAGCUGCAGACACUGGUAUGCCGAUCAAACGAGUCGAGGCAGCAGUGAACCUUCCAAAAUAUUCUGUAUCCCUUGAUAGCAAAAUUGGUAGCACAGACAUGACUUACCAGGAAGUCACAGCUGAUCCAACCGCCGAGACAGCCGAGGAGAUGCUGAACAGAUUGUCUAUGAAACGGGACGUACACAAGGCACUGGACACUCUUACCACCCGUGAGAGGCAAGUGGUGACACUUAGGUUUGGGCUCGAAGAUGGUAGGAUAAGAACCCUGCAGGAGAUUGGCAACACCAUGGGUGUGAGCAGGGAGAGGAUCCGGCAAAUAGAGUCAGCCGCAUUUCGGAAACUGAGGAGCAAGAAGAGGGUGAAUGCACUGAAGGAUUAUCUGGUACCAGUAGGCAAUUGGUGACACUUUUGUCGACAUACAACAUUUUCCUUUCAAAAUCCUUUUCUUUUUCUCUCCUUUUUGAGGAUCCUUUACUUGUAUUUUUUUUACCUUGGAUCUUCAUGUACAACACGUUGUCAGAAUAGUGUAGCUCGUCCCCGACGAAGGAAUCAACAGAUUUUGCAGAGCUAUUCAUUUAUACCGUCAUCUACAGAAAUUGAAAUACCAUACAUGUGUCCGCAGUGUGCUCACUGCUCAGGAGUCGGGAGGCUCCUCUGUAUAGUUACAAGUGUUCCCUGGUAGGAAAAGAAACACAAAUUUAUGUUU